AUGCUAUUUUUUCGUGCGGGAUCACUCUGGGUCGCAUGGAUCAAAGGGAAGUACCUUUCCUCAACUCCAUUUUGGGCAUUGAAUGAAAAUAAUGGUGCCUAUUCAUGGAUGUUUAGAAAGGUGCUAAAGUUAAGACCAACGGCUCUCCAUUUUUUCAGCAUACAGAUUGGUAACGGUGACUCAUCUUUUUUCUGGUGGGAUCCUUGGUCCCCGUUUGGGUGUCUCUAUAAUUUUCUUGGUUCUGAUGGGCCUUCAAGACUAGGCAUCCCUCUGUUAGCAACGGUGUCUGAGUUAUGGUUGGGAAGUGGAUGGUCUUUACCUCCGGCGCGCACAGACAAACAAGUCCAACUACACUCAUUCAUGUCUACCAUUCAUUGUUCUUCGGCUACAGAUCAAGCAAUUUGGGGGUUUGAGGGUAAAGUGUUUAAAGAUUUUUCCUCCAAAGAAAUUUGGAACUUAAUUCGGCCUAAGAAGCCGGAACAGUGGUGGUCGCAAUUGGUUUGGAAUAAGGCAGGUAUUCCAAAGCAUCAGACGACGUCUUGGCUCUUUGUUCUAAAUAGAAACCCAACGUUGGACCGGGUUGUAUCAUGGGGCUAUGAUACGGAGGCGAGUUGUCUUCUAUGCGGGUCUGAACAGGAAACGCGUGAUCAUCUUUUUUUUGAGUGCCCAUUCUCUACAGAUGUUUGGAGAAAGAUCAAUCUAAAACUCAAUCUUACUGACCCUCCGCUAAAUUGGCAGCAAAUCCUCCAAUGGUUAAAUAGAGCAACAUCAUCAGCAGAGGUGAAGCUUGCUCUUCUCCAAGGCUGGCAAGCUACGGUUUAUGAACUUUGGCGUGAAAGAAAUAGAAGAUAUCAUGAUGGGUUAACUAUGAAUCAAGAUGUGAUCUUGAAACUCAUAUUCUCAACGGUGAAGGACAAAUGCCGUGCCCUUGUUCAGCUAGACCACAGCAAAGGUUCUCUGAUUCUUCAGCUAUGGUCCCUAAGAGAUCCUUAA